GUUGACUUGACAACGGGCAAGGGAAAAUCAGCUUGAGGCGGGGGGAAUACGAAGAUUACAACAAGUGGAUUUGACAAGUUACUCAGUCCACGCCAAUGACUCAGUAAGAUUGUUCUGCUGUAACUGACUGUAAGGUGACAGCAUAAUCAUGGAUAGCCACCGAGUUUGAAGAACAGCGCAUUUUGGGAAGGAGCCCCGCUAAUCUCAAGUUGGACACCGUCUCAGAGAUGAGUGCGUCCUCAAAGCCGCCUUUAGGAAGGAGGAUGAAGGCCCAUGCCCCACCUCCACCACCAGCCCCUCAACCUGCCCCACGCCACAUCUUCAGAAACACUACACCUGAUGGGGGAGGGACAUCAGGCAUGGAUGCCAAGGAGAACAUCCUGAGGCCCACUGUGGAUUUACAAUUAACCCUACCUCAGGGGAACCAGAUUUAUGUAACUGAGGAUGGAAGUAAAGCACUCAUGGACCUGCUGGUCGAGCUGUGUAGUCGCUACCGCCUGAAUCCAGCGCUGCACACCUUGGAGGUUCUGUCUCCUGAGGGCCACUCUUUGGGGUUCAAGCCCAACGCGCUACUGGGCUCCCUCAACGUGGCCUGUGUGCUUAUCAAGGACAAAGUCUUGGAGGAGAAAGUGGCGCGCAGACCAGCACCCAAAGUGCCAGAGAAAACUGUGCGCUUGAUGGUGAACUACCACGGCAACCAGAAGGCCGUGGUACGGGUCAACCCCUUGGUACCUCUCCAGGCUCUGAUACCAGUCAUCUGUGACAAGUGUGAGUUUGACCCUGCACGUGUCCUGCUGCUGAAGGAUAGCGUCAGUCACCACGAGCUACCGCUGGACAAAUCUCUGACAGAACUAGGGCUCAAGGAUCUCUACGUUCAUGAUCAGAGGCUAGUUUUCCAGCCUAAAAUGGCUUCUGCCCCUGCGCUUAACUACACAGACUCAGUUCGCUCCAGUACUACCAGUUUGGACAGACCAGGAAAAAAAGGCCUCCUGGGUAUCUUUCAAUUUAGCAGGAGGAAAUCCAAGACAGAGACAACAUCCGUGGACAUGGAUGACUGUGAUGAUAAAAUAAUUCAAAACACUGAUGCACAGUUCAAUGAUGUGUCCACAGUAUCUGGGUUCCCCAGUGCACCAAAUCGACCCGGCACCUUGGGCCAGUCUCAGUCAGUCAGCAGUAUCCCGAGGUUGUCUCCCAAGGCUGAGACCAAGAAGAGGAAGGCCCCACCACCACCUCCUGCCCCUGCACCCAGAAUGGAGCACACCACUGUUGAAAGCUGUCAGAUGAGCCUUGGUUCAGAAAGCCAGCAGAGGAAAAGAAAGGCUCCAGCUCCUCCUCCUACUCCAACUUCCAUCACUCAAGGCUCUGAUGACACUUCAGCCUCUGCAGCUCCCACUCCUGAUAAUCAAGCUCCUGAAAAACCUAUGCCAGCCACCCGCACCAAGGUGGCAUAUUCAACCACAGCUACCACUGUGGUAAAACUAACAGAGAAAACAGCCUCACACAAAAUAGCAGUAGAUCCUCCACCUGUGUCCAAUACCAUCCCAACCUCCACUUCCCCAACCCCAAGCAGCAGCACCACCGACAGCCUUGCCGUGCAGGAUUCUAGCUCUGAACUAAGCCACGGACUUGACGACUCAGAUGCUGACUUAGAGCAGGCUGAAUCCCACUACAGCUCCCUCACCAGUAGCACAGUGUCUGUUCAGCUCCAGCCCACUGCGAAAAGCUCCAGAAGCAUGGUGGAAGAUUCAGCCAGCAACACGGCUGGCAAAAUAAAUCAAGAUGUGACUUCAGAGAACAACUCCAUGUCGGAAACUGAGUCAGCCCUAAACCUGAAACUGGAUGAGGUUGAGAACAAUAGGCACAGCGGAAUGGCUUGGCUCCAUUCUAUUCAGAACUCUGCGGUCAGUAACCAGAAGCCAGAAACUGAAGCACCUCUGGCCGAGACUCUGUCUUUAGGCGGCAGCAGUGCCAGCAGCAGCCUGCCUGACCAGGGUUACGCUGCCUCUGAAGGUAUGGCAGAGGGUGAGGACUCAGGUGUGGUCAGUUCUCCCUCUGAUACCCAACCCACCUCGCCAGAUGGGAGUUUGUCUCUGGAUGGCAGUAGUGGAUGGAAACCGGAGGGACCAGUGCGAGACAGUUCCAGUGACAGUGAUGAGGGAUGUGCCACCUGGGGAUCAGUACACAGGCACAAAGGCAUUAGCCCUCAGUCACAGUCAGUUGUAUCAAAAAACAGCUUUGAAGAUGAUCCGGAGCUCACAGCCCAGCUCCAUCAGACUCUGGCUGAUUUUGAAGCAGACCUUGCAGACCAUGAAGAAAUAGUCUCAGCAAAAGAGAUGCCUUAUGCCAUGCCUACUGUCAAUAAUGAGGUGCCAGUGUCUGUAGUGGACAUGGAUGUGCCAGUUACAGCCAUAGAUGAAGUACUGGAGGACUACGAUCGUAAUAUUAUUGAACAGGAGGUGAAGUCACUUACCAGAACAGAGUCGGUUGGCAGCAAAGAUCAUGGCGUUUGCCACAAGUCCAGAAUGGAACUCCAGAACAAAAACAACAAUGCUUAUACAGACGCUGUCAGUAAUAAAAGAAACCAUACAAAUACUAAGGACCUGUUUAAAUCUGAGCAGCAAAAUAAAACAGUGGAGAACAAUUUUGUGUGUGACAGAAAAGACGAAAAGAUAAAGCAGAAAAAAAUUAAAGAUAUGAGUAUUGUUGAUACCAAAGGUGUGAAAGGCAAAGAGCAAAUAUCGACUGUUAAAACUAAUGAUGAUGAUGUGCAGGAAAACAGUAAGAAUGCUGAGAUCCUGCGUGAUCCUUUGAGAAGUAAUGCUCAGUCUUUUCAAAAGAAGAAACCUGAUCUUCCACCAGCAAGUCAGAAAUCAGUAUCAACAGAAAAGGAUGAACAGAUGCCUAGGGUUUACCCUGCUUCACAUGGUAAAAUUACUCACAAUGCAACAUCACGAUUUGGUAUGAAAACCUUCACUGUGAUCCCUCCCAAACCCUCUGUCACACGUGCUGCUACAGAAAAGUCAAGUGUCCCAUUUACCAUUGGUGCCAUUAAGAUUGACGAUCAAGGAAACAUGGUGAAAGCGGGUAUCUCCAGGAAUAAUGUCACUAGGUCUUCAGAUUCGAAGAUCACUUCUGACGAGGAUUCUCCCCUUCUUGGAAAGGCCAAAGCUUUUUGGAGCUCAAAUGAAAGACAAGACAGCACUGUAAACCCCAGCAAAGAUUUGAUUGACAGCACUAAGGAGUGCACAAGCAAUCUGAAAAGUGCUUCUACUUCAGUCACAGGAACUACACUGAAGACCAGUAACACAGAGUACCUGGAAUCAACACAAAGUGCAGUUUCUAAACCUGCAGAGAGAAUCCAACCUAAAGACGUUGUUAAAGAAGAAACUAAAGAACCUGUGAAGGAUGUCAAAGUUGCAGACAAGGUUUGGGUUGAGGCGGACAGCAAAAAUUCAGUAUCCAGAAAUGUUCAGCAGCCAAGUGACAAACCUACUCUUCCUCCUUCAGUACUUCCAGACUUUAAGAAAGACUUGUCCUUCCUCAGACCACCCAGGCGAACCUCAAGCCAAUACGUGGCAUCUGCCAUCACUAAACAUGCCCCAAAAACCUCAGCUAAACCCAGCUGUAUAUUUAAAAGCCCUGAAUGUUCUACUUCCCUGAAGACACUGACUGCUGACCUCCAGAAAUCAGGUCUAUCAAUACAAGAGAAUCCGCACCAAUCUUCCCUGCCGUCUUUAUCAGAUAAUAAGGAGAAUGUCUCUGCUUCUAAAGUCAGGUCUCCUGGUCCUCAAAGAUCUACAAGCUACCCACAGUAUAUGUCAGAUAGCCAGAAAGAUUUUGAAGAACCAAACAGGGUCGGACCAGAAAAUGGUAUUAGAACUUCCACCAAAGGAAGUUCUAAUAUGUUGGAAACAGAAACAGCCAAGAAUAAUCACACUGAGUCGAGCAGAUCCACCAAAAUAAAAGUAACUGCCAAUAACCAAGAUAAUAUCAAACACAUUCAGCCUAGAAAUCCCAGCCCAGUGAAAAGCAGCGCUCUAAACUCGUACAUCAAACCACCAACAGCCCCCAAGAUCAUAUCCCAAGGGCAGAUAAGUAACUCGGAAGACACAACUUCAAAAUCUCAACCAACUGUCACAGUGUUAGACAGUGGUGUGACCCUGGGAUCUCCAGCUGUGACGGUGUUUGGGCCAGUUAAAAAAUUCAGACCAGUGAUCCAUAGAUCUGUUGAGGAAGAGACAUCGCUGCAUAGCAGCCUGAUGGAAGCAAUCCAGACAGGUGGAGGCAAAGACAGACUCAAGAAGAUAUCUACUUCUACUUCUGGUCCCAGCUCCCUGAAGAAAGGGCCUUAUGUUGAAGAGGAGAAUGAGAGGUCUGCUCUUUUGGUAGCCAUUAGAGCCCAGAAUAACACCAGCAGACUGAAGAAGAUCAGCUCUGUGGCUGCUCAUGAGCUUGACAAAUUCCGGAAGUUGGCAUCUGAGGAGGAGAGAAGUCCAAGCUCUCCCUCUUCCCCUGAGAAUUCAGCCUGCACUUCUCCUGUCUUUCCUCCCCCCCCACCUCCACCUCCACCAGCACCGACAAUUGCACCGCCACUUCCUUCCCCCGUCCUGCCCAAGGGUAAAACUAACUCUGUGCCACAUUCAGCUGCUAAUGUCCCUUUGAACCCGGCCCUGGCCAGGGAGGCUAUGCUGGAGGCCAUUCGUUCUGGAUCUGCUGCUGAGAGGCUCAAAAAGGUCGCCGUUCCCAUGAAGACGGUGCAAGUGAACGGCAAACUGGGAACAAUCCAAGCAAGCUCCUCAGCAAUCCCUCAGCAAUAAGAGGGGAAUCCCGCAUCACCACAACAAGAAAGAAUACAUUAGAUGUAGUCUCAGUUUUUGUUUUUCGCUGUAGUGCUUUUGCAGCAGGUCUUUGGAAAAAAUAAAAAAUUCGAGUCGCAUUUUUAAGGAAUGCUUUUUGAAAUAUUUUUGCACUACAGAAAUCAUUAAAAAUCAAGAAAGAAGAGAUCAUUCACAAUAAGAUUCACAUCUCUCACUACUAAUAUAGGGCCUUACGCGUACAUGAAUGCAGUUUUAAAAGGAACAGCAAGGCAGGGAUAUAAUUACUUUUAUUUUUAUGAAUGGGAAGGGAUUUAAAUAUUUCUUCUUCUUACUUCUUGCAAGGAGAACGUCACUUUGUUAGUAGCCAAACACCUGUAACAUUUGUCUGACAGAAGGUGUCAUAGGUGGAAGGCUUGCUGUGUAUGCCACCUAUAAUGUCAAACUGCUUCACAAAAACACACGUCUGCCUUUGUAACAUAUUGCUGUUCCUAAAUAUGUCCGCUGCCAUCCGCACUUGAAUUCAGUAGCUGUAACUAGAGCGUUAAAGCAAAUAUGUGCCAAUGAAAGCAAAAUUUAAUAGUGUGUGAGACUUUCAUGUCAUUUUCCAUUUGCCUUUACCACGAUAGCUUUCGAAUGCCUUAUAUUUUUGCUCAGUCAGUGUUAUGCACAUAAUGUUUGUUAAAAAAAAAAAUUCCAUGUGGGGUGCAAUAAGUUUGAUUUGAUUCUGGACUACUUCAUAUUUUAUUGUAACAAAUUAACAUUAUUUAAAACAUGCUUUUUUUUGUAUAUUUAAGAAAACAGUACAUAAAUCCAUGAGCAGUGCUUUAAGCGUAUUAUUUUAUCGAAAUCUGGUCUAUAAUGCCAACUUCUGCAGUUCAGGACUCUAAGGAGUCAAAUAGUAAGGACCGGCUAGUGCCUGUUAGUGCAUUACGCUCCUGUUUAAGCUUCUAACCUUCAUUCGUGCUGCUGUUAAAAAUCUUUCCGUUGCUUUCUGUGUGAUAUUUCCACCUUACAGUGGAAAACAUGGAAAGCAUGGCCUUAAUGUUUGAUAUAAGUACAUACUGUAAGGUCUUUUUUUCCUUUUUUGACAUUUCAACAUUUUGAAGCAUUUUAAAUUAAAAACACAAGAAUAGUUUCACCAUGAGCAAAGAGAUUAGUUUAUUGAUCAUUAAGUCGAUAGAUAAUAUAAACCAGCAGUUAUAGGAAAGCCUUAGCAAAGGUUACAUCUUGAUUUAAGCAUUAUUGCAUUCCAUUCUGCUCUGUAGGUGAAGUUUAUAGUGUGUCAGAGCUAUGAGUAAUGGUUGAUGCUGCCAUUAAAUAAUUUAUAUUAGACACGGAUUAAAGUCCGUGCUGGAUCAUUAGAUCUUUAGAAUGAAGGAAAACUUAGUGUCCAUAUUCAGGAAAAAUGUUUGCUGCUGUGUAUUUUGAGAUAGAUUUAAGUAAAGGGAGGGUUGAAUAGUUUUAUAGGGAUUAACUUUAAUUCAUGUUCACUUCCAAUAAUUCAAAAACACACUUUCACAGUUUAAUUUGAGCUUAUGAUGAGAUUCUGAGAGCUCGUCUCUUCUCUGUUAUUCUAUAACUACUGAAGUUAACUUUAUUAUUUUUCAUCUACACACAAAAGCCUACAGCAGCGUAACGAUGUAUAUCUUGUAAACUAAAGACAUCAUUGUGAUAGAUUUUGCUUCAUUCCACCAAUUGAGUGAACAUUUUAUAAGCUAUUGCUUUUUAUGUUUUAAGUGCACGUUAUUUUGGGGGGGAAGGUUGCACAUUUAAUUUUGUUUACCUGUUUGUUUUUUUUGAUUCAAUAAA